CUUGGGGAAAGACCGUUUACUUCCUGUUUUCUGGUCAGCUGGGUCCCUUUAGGUGCCCAGAUGUCUUCAGUGACUUACACACUCUAGUGCAGCAUCAUGUGGCAGCUGCUACCACAAACGGCUCUGCUACUUCUUGUUUCAGCUGGCUUGCAGGCUGCAGAUCUUCCAAAGGCUGUGGUGUCCCUAGUUCCUCCAUGGGAUAGGGUGCUCCAGGAAGACAGUGUGACCCUGCAGUGCAAGGGGGAACAUCCACCUGGAAACAAGAGCACAAAGUGGUUUCACAAUGGGAACCUCCUCUCCAACGAGGACUCGAGCUACUUCAUUGCAGAUGCCAGAGUUGAGCACAGUGGAGAGUACAGGUGCCGGACAAACCUCUCCACGCUCAGUGACCCAGUGCAGCUAGAAGUCCAUGAGGGCUGGUUGUUGCUCCAGUCCCUUAAGAGGGAGUACAAGGUGGGGGAGAACAUUCACCUGAGGUGUCACACCUGGAAGAACAAUUUUAUGCACAAGGUCACGUAUUUACAGAACGGCAGAGGCAAAAGGUAUUUCCAUGAAAAUUCUGACCUCCACAUUCAAGAAGCCACAGCUAAUGAUGGUGGCUUAUACUUCUGCAGAGGGCUUAUCGGAAAGAAAAACAUAUCUUCUGAGACGGUGAACAUCACCAUUCGAGGCUCAAUAAGUCCACCUAUCUCAGCACUCCUUCCUUGGCAUCAAGUCACUUUCUUCCUGGUGUUGAUGCUCCUAUUUGCAGUGGACACGGGACUGUAUGUGUCUGUGCAGAGAAACCUUCAAAAUUCAUCGAGGAAUUGGAAGGACCACAAAUUUAAAUGGAACAAGGACCCUCUGAGCAAAUGAUCCCUUAUCUUAUGGGGGUAAUAAGAGCAGUGGCAGCAGCAUCUCUGCACCUUUCUCUGGAUUUGCAACCCCAUCAUCCCCAUUAUGCAUCUUCACGAGCAGCAGGAAAAAUACAACUCAGAGCCUGGGUUGAGAACUCCCCCCCCCCCAAUUCUCUAUUUUCUCUUUAUUUCCAAUGGAAAGGAAAGGCCUAUGAUCUUCAAGUGCCAACAAUGAAGCCCCAGUGAGUAGCUAUAUCCCUAGGAAUUGAAGUGCGAAGGCUACACACUUUCUCUGUCCCAACCAUUCCCUCAUAGCAAAGUUAACAACACAGAAUCUGCCCAGUGACCUUUAAAUGUAUAAGAACUGUUCCUAAAUAAAUAGAUCAGUAAGAUGGUUGAGGCAGAGCCAGUUGGACAGCAGUCUGCAUCUAUUGCUGCAGGGAUGGUUGCCUUCAGGGAAUCCCAAAACACCUUCCAGACAGAAUGUGGGAACUGCUAGGAUUGAAGGGAUUCUGCAGAACCAUUGAAGGGGAUGGCUGAGAAAGAGCAGAGUGGUCAAGGAUAGGCCAGGGGAAGUGCUGCCAUCUGGCCCCAGAGAGAAGACUGUCUUCCUAGAACAUAAGCUAUGGUGGGGGUGACAGAAGAUCACAAGGGUAAUGCAGAAUUCAGUUUUCCAGGGAGUCUCUAUCAGAAUUGGGAUGGUCUGCAAGUAUGGUAAACUCUCUUAGCACUGUGAGUAGAAAAUGGUCCUAGGAAAGGGCCUGGAGAGUGGGGAGAGGGGAUUGGAAAAGAAAGCACAAAACAAAUUAUGUGUCACUGUCCCAGGUUAAGCUAAGUGAACAGAUAGCUCAGCGUCUGAACUAAGAAACUGGUAAGAAAGAGUCGACCACAAACACACAGAAAGGAAUGGUCAGGGGGUGAAAACACGUUAGGCCAGGAAAGUCAGAAUUAGAAACUAUAAAACCAGGUUUUCUGUUUCAGUAUCUAAUUCAAGUACAGCUUUAUUUACUUCAUUUAUCAAACAAAUGUUGGAUAAUCUAUACUAAAUAUAUUGAACUACACUGGGUUGAAUUAUGAAACGUCAAAAUCCCCUCAGCAUGUUAAUACCAAUGGAGUGGGAAUGGAGAAGGCCAACUGCUGCUUGCAGAGGAAAGCUUUAGCCAUCUCCUUCUGUCAUAGAAUUUUUAAAUGGAACAUUUCUUGAUUCCAAUAAAGCAUUUAACAAUA